AUGUCAUCAUUAACUAUUUCAUUGGAUAUAGCCCAAAAAAUGUUAGUUCAAUAUUGUCAUAUGACAAUAUUCGUACUAGGUACAAUUGGUUCUUUGAUAAAUGUAAUUCUUUUUCUACGACGUCAAUUACGGACAAAUUCAUGUUGCAUUUAUUUAUUGUCAUCAUCAAUAAGUGCAUUGAUAUUACUUUCAAUAGGAAUUAUACCACAGAUUUACACUCUCUAUAAUUCUCCGAAUCCAUUUACUACAAUUUCAAGUUUUUGCAAAGCUCGAUCUUAUUUAAAUCAAACAAGUGCUAUGUCAUGCCGUUGGCUUUUAGUUAUGGCUUGCGUAGAUCGUUGUUUUUCAUGUUCAACUUAUGCUCGUAUUCGUAAUUUAUCUUCUGUAACUAUGGCUCGUACAAUAAGUAUUAUUAUAAGUGUUAUUUGGUUGAUUUUACCAGUUCAUAUGAUUAUUUACAGUAAUAUUCAACCUCCAGGAAAUAUAGCAUGUACAGUAACGAAUAAUGAUGUGGCUGUUUAUCAUCGUUUUUAUACGAUUAUAAUGGGUGGUGCAUUACCAUCUCUAAUUGCUUUCAUAUGUUGUUUAUUUAUAUGGCAACAUUUUCAAUCAAGAAGAAGACGUCAAAUAAUAAUUCCUAAUAAUGAAGUCGAUAGACGAAAGAGAUUACGAGACCAACAAAUAAUAUUUAUGUUAUUAAUACAAGUAGCGAUCUUUAUAAUAUCUACAAUACCUUUUAUGUCACUUAAUAUUUAUAACACAAUGACACAAUAUGAUACGAACAAAUCAAAAGAUCGUAAAGCUAUUGAAUCAUUUUUGAAAACACUAACUGAAUUACUUAUCUAUUUCAUCGCAAUGUCAUUUUAUUCAAAUACAUUAGUAUCACGUACAUUUAGAAUAGAAUUAAUUAAAUUAUUAAAACCUAUUAUGAUUUGUUGUCGGCAACAAAAUCAUCUAAAAAUAACUCCAUGGAAUACUGCAACUACUAAUAAUAUCAAACUAACAGUGACGACAAACAGAACAGCUAUAGCAUUAAUGCCUCAAGUUGUUGAAACAACAAUCUAG